AUGCCGGCUUCUAGCCUCAUCACGCUCGACAACUUGUCCGAGAAACUCCCGCAAUGGCGACCGGAUGACAAGGACCAGGUGCAUGCCGUUGUCGACAUGGGCAGGCUCGUCUCUCCUCUGGUGAUCGCUCGCAACGGCAUCCGUUUCUCCAUCACGUCGUUGGCACCGCCAACCACGCGCCUUCUCGUCCCCCUCCUGUCUGCCCGGGCGCCCAUCUCCCUGUUUGACGCCUUGACCCCGUCGCCGGCCGGACCCGUCUUUCCUCCUCGGACCAUUGAAUCCGUCUCGGCCGCCCUGGCAAGAUUUUAUCGGCUCGCCAUCCUGUACGGGGUGCCCCCGUCGCAGAUCCUUAUCCUCGCCACCGAAGCCAUGCGCCGCGCCGCCAACGCCGGCCAGAUGCUGGAGGCGGUCGAGAGAGCAACCGACGGUCUUGGCGUUCACAUACUCGACCCAGCCGUCGAGACCCUCUUCGGCGCCGUCAUGGGCUCGAGAAGCGGUUUGGUGCAUGUGAGCACCGGCGCGCUUUUCCUCGACCUUGGUGGCGGCAGCGUGCAGAUGACAUGGGUCGAUACGAGCAAAGACAACUACGAGUUCGAGGCCGCCACUCGAGGAGAGAGCUUGCCUUAUGGCGCUGCCAAGCUGUCGCGCGUGCUGGAGGAGCAGCCUGACGAGGUGCGCCAAUCGGAAAUCAGCACCUUGCAGGAUGGCUUUCGUCGCAUUUACGCCAACUUGAUCUCCAAAUUCCCGGCACUCAACGCCAUACAUACGGCCAAUGAGAACGGAGAGAACGCUCUCGUCGACGUGUACAUGUGCGGCGGAGGCUUCCGAGGCUAUGGCAGCAUUCUGAUGCAUGACGACGCCAUAUCGCCGUAUCCCAUAUCCUCCGUCAACAUGUACUCCGUCCCGGGUCACGUCUUUAGCCGAACAGGCAAGAUGAGAAAAUUGAACGACAAGUACGACGGUAAAAUAUUCGGCAUGUCCAAACGACGACGUCGCCAGUUUCCUGCCAUUGCGACCGUCAUCGAAGCCUUUGUCAAAGCCGUGCCGAACAUUGGCAAGGUUACCUUCUGCGGAGGGUCGAACAGACAAGGCGUCUUGAUGAUGAAGCUCCCAUUACGCUGCAGGGAGAGCAACCCACUCGAUGUGGCCGCCGGAGUCACCAUGGACGAAAAACUGGACGAAAAACUGGACGAAAAACUAGACGAAAAACCGACGUUCGACGCCAUACUCAGGCUGCUCACCGCCGCCUUGCCAGAAAAUUUGACGUCGGAAAUCCCCACACUCAUCUCGCUCGGGCUCGGCUCCUUGUUCGUACGCGAGCUCUGGGCCCGAUGCGGCUACGAAGCUGACACGAAUGCCUCGUUUGCGCUGCACGACUCGAUAGUAAGGAACUCGGACUGCCCGGGAUUCACUCACCUGGCCCGUUCCGUUCUCGCCUUGGCCAUGUGUGCCAGAUGGGGCUCAGGUGUUGGUCUCGCUGACAUACAGCUACAUCGGAGCCUUUCCCAGAUUGCUGACAGACAUUGGGAAACAUGCUCAUUCUGGGCUCAAUACAUCGGCGCCGCAUCUGCCAUUAUUGCUACCGUGUUUCCGGUAUUGCCCAAAGACCCAAGCCACGUCCUCGACUCUCUGAAGCUUGGAACGCAGAUAACUCCCGGGAAAGGGGGGAAGAAGGACAAGAUUGAGCUGACAAUUAGUCUUGGCCAAGAACACCUCGAGAAGCUCGAUGAAGAGGACCUCAUCGACAGCUUCCAGGCCGCCAUAAAAGACGGAGGCGACGGCGGGAAAACUUUCAAGGUUUCGGCUCAAGUCACAACGCUUUCCUAA